CAGUGGUCGUCCAUGUUUCCUGUUCAGCUGCUGGCCGCUGCGCGCAGCAGCAUGGAAGGCUGCAUCCGUGUUAUUCUACGGUUUGUGGGUAACGCGAGUGUUUCUAUCGUGAAAUCGGGCCACGCGGCUCAUAUACAAUGAAUAUGAAAGUGUUCUUGGAGGCGACUCCGCUGGUCGUAGAUUUGGAGUUUCCCGAGGGCAUUCAACCAGGUGGAUGCCUAACUAUCAUCUUAACAUCGCCGGGGCAGAAAUUGGCUGGUGAAGAGAAACCGGGCAUUCAGUUCAGCCAUGUGAACAAUGACAUCAUACCAGUUGUCCGGACAGUCACCGUUGAAGAUGACCUGGCUGCAUGCAUCCAGACACUGCAGAAGGUCAAAAUUGAGGCAGCACCAUUGGCCAGUGGCAAACUUCCCUGCAUUGUCAGGCUGGCUCCCAAGGUCUACUCAGAAAAAGAGGCCACCACAGAGCAGGAGCUGUCGUUUCCUCCCAUUGGCAAGGUGCUCGACUGUCUCCCAGGCAGCCCCACCAUGUUCCCUGCCGGGUCACCUGAUGAGUCUGCGGCUAGCUCUGCAGAAGAGGACGACCCUCUUGACUUUCAGGUUCCCCCUGCCUUUGGUGAGCACCUACAAGUGCAGCCAGAUAUUCCAGAGCUCCCAGCUGUGCUGGGUUCACGUGCAGACAGUCCAAUUGCCGAAACAGCUCCUAGCCCUUCCACACCGGAAUGCAUGGUGUGCAACUUCUCAGCUGAUUCAGCGGACGACUUGCGUUACCACGGUGCGCCUGCAUGCGGUGCAAGGGCACUGCGACAGCCAUGGCCCCAAGCCGUUGCAGAAGCCGCCUCGCCGCAAUCCCCCAUGCUCUCGUGCGGUGCCUGCGGGAAGCUGUUUCGCUCGCAGCAGCUACCGGGUCUGCGCAUGCAUCAGCGCAAGCACAUCGGCUGCCAGCAGACUGGCCGGGGAGGUGCGACCACUGAGCCAGUGAUUGAGACAGUGACGGCAGCACCAUUUGACACCAGCAUAGCACCUACUACUCCCAUGGAUGGAGAGACGGUCUUCUCGGAUGCGGCCAUGGUGCCCCUGCAGUCAGUCGGGGAUGAGGGUGGCGACAGCAGCACUGAAGGAGCUGCAGUUACGACCGAUGUUGAAAUGGCAACAGAGGACAGCAGUAACAAGGCGAUGGAGCACGCGUGCCCCCUGUGCGGCAAGACGUUUGAGCGUGCCCUGAAACGAGACCACCACGUGGUGCGCAAGCACACCAAGGCGUACCCGCUGCAGUGCACCAUGUGCCGCCGGGGGUUCAUGUUCCGCAAGAACCUCGACCGCCACUUCCAGGAUGCACACAGCAGUCACUACAUGGUCACAACAGCUCCAUCAACAAGCAUGCAGCCCGAGAUGGCGUCUGGUACAAGGCAGACACAAUUCAAGUGCAACUACUGUGCCUACACUGGGUCUGCUCUGGGGGACAUCCAGGCGCACCUGUCCUCCCACCCAGAGAUUCGCUUCUAUGCUUGCGACCGCUGUGACAAGGAGUUUUCCAGUGAGGUGCGGUACCAGCGGCAUAUGGAGCGGCGCCAGUGCCGGCAGCGGCCCCAGUGCGACCAGUGUGGCAAAUGCCUGAGCAGCCAGACAGCGCUGCGCAACCACCGCCUCUGCCACGGACAGGAUCGGGGCUUCAGCUGCGACCAGUGCGGAGAGAGCUUCAAGACCAGCACCACGCUCAAGUACCACCAGCAGGCGAAGCACGGUGCCAACAAGGCGUUCAAGUGCGAGCACUGUUCCAAGGGCUUCAACUUCUUGGCGCAGAAGAAGCGCCACGUGAGUCGCGUCCACCUGCGCCAGACCAACCAUGCAUGCACCAUGUGCCCCAUGCGCUUCAUGACCCGGCGGGAGCUCAUGCUGCACCUGCUCUGCGGACACAAGUUCCAGCCAGAAAUGUCCGACAAAGGUGCUGCCCUGAUGCCUGAUGGAUCGAGUGCGCCGAGCCUGAAGCUGUUCCGGUGCGAGCACUGCGAGUACGUGUCAUACAGCCGCAAGGGCUACCUGCGCCACCUGGUGGACCACACGGGCGUGUGGCCCUUUGCGUGCGACCUCUGCAGCAAGGGCUUCAUCGAGCGAAACCAGGCCGAGCGGCACAUUCGCACUGCGCACACGAGCGAGAGCUACCCGUGCCCCCAGUGUCCCCGUGUCUUCGUGCUCCCUUCCAGUUUCCAGGAUCACCUGCAGGCACACGAGGAGCAGCGAGGCAGCACGUGCAGCCAGUGCGCCAAGUACUUUGAGACGCAGGGCCUGUACGACCUGCAUCUGCAGGCCCACUCCCGUGACCUGCACUACCGGUGCCACACUUGUGGUCAGGGCUUCAACAAGAUUGCCUCGCUCAACUUCCACACCAUUGUGCACAAGCACGAGAAGGCGGGCCCCAACACAUGGAGCCACGCGUGUGACGUGUGCAAGAAGCGCUUCAAGUACCCGGGCAGCCUGGCCGCUCACCGCUACCGCCACUCGCAGGAGACCCGCUUCCAGUGCGACCUGUGCCAGGUGACGCUACACUCCGAGGGCGUCUUCGAGGCACACAUGCGUCGACACCGUGGCGAGAAGCCGUUCAAGUGCACCUUCUGCGACAAGGCUUUCACGUUGGCCAUGUCUCAGCGGCACCACAUCACCCGCUUCCAUACGGGUGAUUACCGCAUCUUCUGCCCCCUGUGCAGCAAGGGCGUCGUCUCAAACAAGAUGCUGCGCCGCCACCUGUUCCACGUCCACAGCACGGUGUUGCGCAAGGCGGUACCCGUGCUGGAGGGCACACCCACAAUGGACGAUGCGGCAGUGCUGGCUACCGCAGUUGAGGAAGAAGACAGCGUCGUCGAGCUACAUCCCGGAGAAGCGGACGACACGCUCAGCGUGGCAGACGACGGCACCCUGACCGUCACGCUGCCGGCCGAUGCACUGCUGCUCGGGGCGGUCGAAUCGGUCCAAGGGGUGGAGACCGUGGUGGAGACUGUGCAAUUCCAGUAGUGAUGUCCGCGAUUUGCUAAGCAGUUGUUGAGGUCCUCUUACUGUACAUCAGGAAUGGAAUACAGUUUGCUCCCUGACAAGCUAUUCUUGAGGGGCACAACCUUG